AAGAACACCAUCUUCUUGAUCUUCGACUCUAUUUUGAACCCUCAUUAUUUUCAAGAGAUACUGUCGUUUGCCUGCGUCUCUCGUACAGUCCCGUUGCCUGUUCAGAUCAAGGCUCGCAGUGAAAUCACGGACUCUGUAAUUGACGGAUCAAGGGGUGCGUGUAGGUCGCAUGGGAUGUGUUAGAGUGUUCUGGGAACAAUACACGUUACAGCGACUUCCUUCAGUUAUGGCUGUGACCAGCGUACUUCUACAUGCAGCUAACACGUGUAACCAAUGUUCUAAUCUUUCCUAGGGUUCCUUUUCCUUUCAUCUCAUCUCUCUCCAGCGAUCAGGAAUGGCACUAUCCUUCGCCAUGUAUCCCUCCCCAAGAGCACGAGGCUUUUGAUCUCGACUAUAUACGUCUGGCUGUACAACGCCCUCAGUCACGUCCCCCAGCUUCAGUGGCAGCUUCCCCCCUGCACUCAACUCUUCGUAAAUCUUCGCAGGCAAAAAGACUACGUCUCGACAAAAUGGAGCAUAAUGACGAUCAUCCUGCUGCUUACCCUCCCAACGUCCAUGAGUCGGAACUAGGUUCCCCCACCUCGUCUGUAUCUGACCGACAGACCCAAAAUGUUGGUAACUCUGCUCAAGCUUCCAGCACGAGACGGGGGGUUCGUCUUUCCCACUCACAGUCUCGACUAUUCAGGAAAUCCGAUAAGGGAAGAGAUAGCAACGUACCGCUGCAGUCCGAUUCUCACUCGCGUCACUCAUCUCGAUCGGUAUCAGCACUUCUGCUGUUAGCAAACGAACGGUUGAAUAAUGCUACGAACCGCGUUACGACCCUCGAAUCUGACCAAGAAGAACUACUCAAACGCUUUGGAUCGAUGUACAAAGAGAAACUCGAUAUUCAAAGCGAACUAUACUCCACGCAAGAAAGUCUUCGACUCCAUAAAAUGCAGCUUGAACUAGCGCGGAAGGAAAUUGAUCGUGCCAAUGAACUCUUGCACGAACUUGAUCGUCAAAGAACCCGAGCAGACUCAGAUGCCACGAAGCUGCGGAAUCAAGUCCGGAUGCUGGAGGAGGAGAAACGGAUAAGAAUAGGCUGGGAUGAAGGCUGGGAUCUAGGAUUCAAAGAAGGGUACGAGAGGGCUCAGAGAGAGGGGAACAUUUCCAACCUGUUCAAUUUGCGAAGGCGCAGGCGCGGAAGUCGAGAUCGGUCCGACCGCGGAGAUGACUAUACGGACGGAGGCUACGACGACGAUACUACGAAUCGCGAGGAGUCGACGAUGUCAUCCCCUCGCCGGGUGCGAUCUAACUCCACGAGGUCUCAAGCUUCGGCACGUAGCCCCGAUGCUGCGCCACACGUACCUCCUCUCCCUAUACCAACAAUAUCCACACCCGUCCCGCUAGAUGUACCGAGUACUCAGCUGCAACAGCCCCAAAUGUCACCAUCAGCAACUGCACAGCGCGAGUCUCUGUCUCGUGGACGAACACAGUCGCAGUCGAUUUCGUCGCGUAAUACUAGUACCGAAGUUAGGCGAAGGACCACGUCUAACACAGGCCAGAUUCCGCGGACUCUUCGCCGGAAUACGGCGCCUUCAUCGGUGCCUCCUAACGUGGAACCACAAACACGCACACCUACGCCAGACUCACCAGAGAUUAUUCGUCCUAUCUCGAUACCUCGCCCUUCCAGCGCAGCUGCCUCAUUCAGGUCUCGUUCGACUGCCCCACCUGAUGGAUUUAUACCCGUCGGAGAUGACGACGGAUUCAUCACUUUACCUCCACCCCACGAGAUGAGUAUUCCAGUUCCACCUACCACAUCGAGAUCUACUGCUCCGCAAGGCUCCAGAGCACCACCAUCGCACAUUAGAGACUUUGGAGAUACCCCGCGUAAUCCGGAUGUUGAUAUAUCGAGAGCCUCAUCCCGAAUAUCACACUACGAACUCAUCAGUCCACCUCGAAAAACCGCUGCGCAACUGGGCUUAAGAGUAGUAAAUGACGAUACGGCCUCUGCACAGCCAACCAGAGGGCCCGGUGACAGAAGAAGCGGUCCUGAGAGACCCUCUACACCCAGUGUCACGUCCUCAUCCUCAAAGGAAGCGGUUGAACAGUGGCGAAACGAAAUAGUGAGUGAUGUACCCAACCCUGAAGUGCGUUGAUAUUCUUUAGCGUUCUCUUAUUGCUGUUUUGUCCUCAUUACUUAUAUUCAUUAUUUCCCUCCGUAACCAUUUAUCGUUGAUAGUUAUUUUGAGUGUCCGAUGACUGAGCUAAGUUUUAUCCCUCUAGCGUCGCACCACCCCCGCAGCAACACCGCAACCUGACACAGGCUCGUCUUCAGCAAAACGAAGCAACCUCCGUCCAAGGACACCGCGGGUCAGCAUGGGUCCUCGUCAGCCUAGGGAUAUAAUUAUGCCUACUCCAUUGGCUGCGGCUGCGAACAACAUGCUCCCUCAAACACGGCAAGCGACUCCGUAUAAUCAACGACCGGAAGGCAGGGCAGACCCCAAUUUGUCUGCAAGGUCACCAAUUCCUGAGGCCUCACGGCCUGAAAAUGUCACUCAGCCUGUUGCAAACAAUGGAGGUGAACGGGGAGGGCCAGCACCCCUUAGGUUUGCGUGGCUCAGAAGUCGGUUUCAACGUUCGACUUCGAGUCCAGCUCCAGUCAUCGAGGUUGAACCUCCGUCACAAACCCCCUCCUCGGGAACGAACACGACUGCCUUCGACCCAGUUCUGCUUACACCAGAAGACGCCAACAGACCGAUCCCCCUUCCGAACGAAGUCGUUUCUGACGCGACACGAGGAAUAAGACUACUCAGCCCCUCUACGCCUAUUCCACAUACACCUAUCACGAUUCAACUGCCGGACGAAGAUCUGCCUUUAGGAUUUGUACCUAUGACGCCUCUUGUGCCAUCGUCGCCACAACUUCACCAAAGUCCGGACCAAUCACGCGUUUCUUCUCCUCGCUCAGAAAGCAGGGGAUUCUUUUCGCCUGUUCCUUCACUGGGACAAUUACAAGUUCCACCGAGUCCCCCUACCCCUCCGACGAGACCAGCUACUGCUUCAGGGAUGACAAGACCACCUUUAUCGACUACGCCUGGUGGAGAACGAGGAGCGUUGAGGGCGAUGUCUAUGGAUGCUCCGUUGAAGGAUCGAGGGAAUACUAGUACUAGCCCGAUAUUGGGUGGAUAUCUGGGGUGGGCUUCGCCUACACCCUCACUUUCAAGCUUUAUGAGACCGCCUGCCUCCGUUUUUGGGGACGAUGACUGAUUGAUGGCCAUGACUUUCCUUAUGUCCUCUCAUGCUGUGUCUGCGUCCCAUGGCUAUCUUUUCGCAAGCAAACUGUCGUUCGAUACGAACUGUUGUACACGUACAUACUUAUACUCCAUGUUUAUUGCCGUCUUUAUGUACAAUAGUACUUAUUAACACGUUGAUGAUAUUCUCCUGUUG